AUGAGACUGUUCAGAAUCGCCCUCGCCGGGCUGGCUACCCUCGCAGUAGCCGCAUCAAAUGCUCCUUCCAACCAGAAGGACACCAUUACCGAUCUUGUCCCGCCCUUCAUCAAUGAUCCCGAUGCCGUCAUCACUUACCACUGCAACAAGGCCGAACCCACCAUCAUCGAAGAACGCACCAAUAGCGGAGACCUCACUGAUGUUACUACCGUCUUCAACUGCCCCCGUGGCGAUUGCUACCAGUUCAACACCGGCGCUACAUGCAGGGAAUCGACAAUUAAUGUGAAGGCUCGCUCUCCUAUUGCACAGGAGAACAAGCACUACGUCUGCAGCAAAGACCGUGCAAGUGUGCUCAUAUGCCGCUAUGGCUUCUGUAGCACUGAUUAUUACUGCAACAUCAAAGGGUCUGGGUCAUAUUGUCACGAUGACUGCAUAUGUUGCAAGAAGGGUAAUCGCAAGGCUGCAGACAGCGACAAGAGCGAUGGCUUCGAGCUCUCGACCUCAGCUGCUUCCUCCCCAGAGACUCUCGAGUACAAGCUGGAUCCCCAAAAGCUGGCCGCGCGCACAAACUCUCCCGGUGCAGCAGAAGUUAUGCAGAGUUGUCCCAAGCAAGGCCUUUACAUGUGCAAUCUUUCGCUCGAGGCAGUCUUUGUAUGCAAUGCCAUCUAUCAAUGGCAACUGUCUGCAGACUGCCGUCCUGGCAAGUGCGUCGAUAAUUUCGACGCUGGUACCGCCUUCUGCCAGGGCAAACAUGAGCCUAGGAAUUCUGCUCGCGAUAUCGAACAAACUUCAGGAACAUUGACAAUGACAGAAAAUCCAGAGGCUGCAGAACCCCUCAAAGACGUCAUUUCGAGUGGCCGACCUGGCAGUUGUGUUGAUGAGCUCAGUGCUGGUACAACCCACUGUAUCACGAAGAAGUCUACUAGUGCGCCUGAGGCAGGUGCUGUGAUCGCCCAACAGCAGCAUUGCGACAAGCCAGGAGCGUACAGAUGUGACAUCUCAGGCCAGAAGAUUGGAGUCUGCAGUCCUAGCAACGACUGGAUUCUUUCUUCUGAUUGCUCGCCCGGUCACUGUGUCGACGGACCAAUCGAUACAGCCUACUGCACUGCAAGGAUAGACUAG